AUGAAGGUCAGAGAACGAACUGUUUGCCAUACUUGCCGAGACCGUAAGCUUGGUUGCGACGGGAAACUUCCCGCUUGCUCCCAGUGUCUACACUCUGAUCGCUCAUGCGGCGGCUACCACUUCAUACCAACACAGAAGAGUACAGAAACUCGUCCGAAAUCGCUCACUGCUUCGUCUCGGAUUUGUGGCGCCUGGAUGGAAAUAGUGCCAGAGCUCACGACAACGGGCCACCAGGGCAAGGCCUUGCAAGCCUCCAUCAGAGCUUUUGCCAUGGCGAUUCUUUCACAAAAGUCCUCAGAAGCUUCUUCUAUUGUCGAGGCUUUGGCUGCUCACGGUACCGCCCUUCGCUCCGUUCACGGUGCGAUACGCAACUCUCAAAUGAGAAAGCCAGACGAGUUGUCGGCAGCCAUCAUGUUUCUGACUUUGUCUGAGGUUUUGCUACCGUGUGGCAGCUCGUCUGAGUCCCAUGUCGCUGCGCUGGUGCAGCUCAUGCACGCUCAAGGACCAAGCUACUAUAGCAGUGGAACACCCUACGGAUUGUUCAUCGGCUUUCGGCCCCCCAUCGUGGUCUGGCACAUAUGGAACAGAAAGGCAAUCUUUCUUGGAACACCUGACUGGGCAACAAUCCCGUUUCAAGAAACUCCUGCAGAUCCUCUACAGUCGCUCAUGACCAUAGGAGCUUGUAUAGCAACUAUGCUCGAGACCAUGGAUGUGCUUGGCAGCUCAUUUGAGCCCAGACAAGCUUUGGCAUGUCUCGGCUCGUUGAAAGACAUCAUGGCAACCCUGGACAAUUGGAAGGAAGUCUACACGACAAGUAUAUUUCAGCAGGAGGAUCAUGACUUGGGCAAGUCGAUUCCAAUGGACGAUAUCCUUUAUCAUGACAUCACCGAAGCCAACAGCCUCACUCACUACUGGGCGUUCUGCAUUAUUUGCGCCGUGCAAGCUCAGUCGCUUCAGAGGCAAUUGGGCGUGGCCAGAGCUCUGCCGCUGGAGCUCGCAAUCCCCGAAUCCACUCUCCAAUCAAACGCCGUCUCCAUCAUGAGGAGUGUGAGAUACCUAACACGGGAAGAAGUAAAACUAUACGGGGCCGUCUCUCUCAUGCUCCCCCUCAAGGUUUCAGACGAGUAUUUAGAACGCCUGGGAGGGUCCAGCUUCACAGCCCUACGAAAAAGUGCCACGCAGAGUAUCGCGCUUACAGGGCACCAUUACCUUAACAAUUUUGUUUCGUCGGACCUCAGAAUCUUAUGGCCGAUGCAAAAUGUAAAUUGA